AUGGGGAAUUGUCAACGGGGUCGACCCAGAGACGCAGAGCCUCUUCAUACUGGCACGAGGACAUCUCCUGAUAGCAAGUUACUUCAAGUCCAUGAUCGACCGACCAUUGGUGAUGUCUUUCCCAAUCUGAAAGGAUCCACUCAGCUCAGUGAUGAUUUUGAUUUAUACGAAUAUAUUGGAAAUGAUAAGUGGGGCCUGAUAUUCAUGCACCCAGGGGAUUUCACGCCUGUAUGUACAACUGAGUUGGGUGCUGCAGCGGGUCUUGCUUCAGAGUUUGAAAAACGAAACGUCUCAGUGGUUGGAUUCUCUUGCAACAAUGCACAAAGUCACCGAGAUUGGAUAGUCGAUAUCAAAGUUGCAACCGGCGAACAGGUAAACUUUCCCUUAUUCUGUGAUCCUGACCGCUCACAUGCCAAGUGGUUGGGGAUACUGGAUCAAAACAACCGAGACCGAAAAGGUCUGCCGAUGACAGUGCGAUCCGUGUACGUGCUCAAGCCGAACAAAGAAGUGGCACUCGUCAUUACCUAUCCAGCAUCCACAGGACGAAAUAUGAACGAAAUCCUACGAGUCAUUGAUUCGUUACAGGUAUCGCACGAGUAUGAAGUUGGAACACCAGCGAAUUGGACUCCGGGAGGUAGGGUUCUGAUAAAUGCUACUCUAUCAGACAACCAAGCAGAAGGACGGUACGGAAGAGAACAGAUUGAAUAUGUGGAUGUUCCGUCAGAACGAUUCAGUGGUGCAAUAAGAAGGCAUUACCUGAGAUACGUGAAUGAUCCGACAGUAAAGGAACAGCCACAGGAAGGUACUUGA